AUGAAUUUUGAAGAUAGAGUUGCAAGAAUGCUUGAAAGAAAAUUAUGUUUCAAUGUUCAAAGAAAUGUUAUAUUAAAGGAUAAAUAUAAUAAUAGAUCAGAGAUUGAUAUAGUUUAUGGUAUUUUCUUUAAGACCUAUGUAGAAUGCAAAUGCUAUGACAAUUCACCAGUACCAUUAGAAGAUGUAGCAAAAUUUAAAGAAGUAUUAUCAUUAAAUAAUAUCAAUAUUAAAAGGGGUCUAUUUUUCACAUCAAGUGUUUAUGUACCACGUGCAACAACAAUUGGUAUUCGAACUAUCAAUGGAACUGAACUUAGAAAAAUGGAACUCAGAGCAACUUUCAUUGGUAUUUUAAAGUUUGUUUUCUAUUGUGUCUCUUUUAUGGGUCUUUGUGGUGCUUCAGUUUUCAUAUUUAAUCAUUAUAGUAAUAAUUUCAAAAUUGGUAGAAAAAGAAGGAGUGAAGGUGGUAGUGGAUAUAUAUAA